AAAGGGUUAUCAUGUAAGAAGAGAGAUGAGGUUGUCUUGAGCAUUACUUGCAGAGAGGGAGAAACCUUUUCAUCAUGAAUGAUCUUCACAGCUGGUUCUUUGCAUCCUGGGUUCUCUGUUAUCUCACAAUUUCAAAAUGCAGCGACGUCAUUGUACAGAGUUUCGAGGGUGAGCGUGUCGUUUUGCCAUGCAAAUAUGACAGCAAAUAUCAUGGAAAAUGUCACAUAUGCUGGACGAUAGGAGACAUUCCCAAUAUGGGUUGUGGUAAUGAAAUUAUUGGAAGUGAUGGAGACAAAGUGGUGAGGAAAAUAUCAUCCAGAUACCAGCUGGCGGGAGAAAUACAGCAUGGAGACGUGUCUCUGACCAUCUUAAACAUUGAAAAAAAAGACUCUGGCAAAUAUGGAUGCCGCAUACAUGUGCCUGGACUGUUUAAUGAUGAGAUGUAUUACGUCCACUUGAUUGUUAAUGACGCACUUAUUCCAACAACAUGGAAAACUACAUCCAUGUCGAGCAGCACAUCUGAGCAUGAACCUACAGGAGUUUUCAGCACUGCCAUGACAGAGGUAGAAACAAACACAACACAAGAGAGUGCUUCAUUCGCCUUUUCAACAAAUCCUCCAAAGAGCAGCACUUUUGGACUGUGGCUCUCCGACACAACAUACGAAACCUCAUUUGAUCAUCGUGAAUCAUCCUCCAUGGAAAAAAAAGAUAGUGUAAAUACAUCUGCGGUGAUUGUGCCUGUCAUCCUGUUACUGCUGGCUUUGAUAGUCAUUGCUGUCAUUCUGAUAUUGAAGCAAAAGAAGAAAACCAGAGCUGCGGUAGACAUAACCCAGAACUCAGAGAACUCAGUCAUCUACAGUAACUCCGGCAGCAGCGUGGGCCUGUACAACAGAGAGAUGGCUGUGGAAAACAUCUAUCAAAUACAAGCUGAAAAUGAAUAUGAACAGUGGCAUUAAUUCACAUUUACUAUUUACCUUUAAGUUGAUCAGUGUAGACUUCUUGUCUUCUGUUGUAUUUACACUGUGUUUAUAAUAAUGUGACAGCUAUUGCUGAUCAGAGGAAUUAUUGCUCUGGACUAACCUUACUCUGAUGUCUAGCGGCUAACAUACUGCAACACUAUAUCAUUAUUAAAACUAAUCCAAGUUAACUAAUCUACGUUUGAAUGUUUUAUUUACCACAAAUGAGUUUUCGCACCACAGCUGUAAAUUUCUCAACCUUUCACCACGUUUCACAGAGUUUACACCAAUUCAGGGCUGCGAACGUGCUGACGUGGGUUCAGAGAAGUGAUAAAACCGAAUACAAUAGAAACUAGAUGAUAAAGAACGUAAUCAAAAUUCAAUAAGUUGAUAAAAACAGUCAGAUCAGUGUUGAUAUCACAUUUUCCAUUGAUAAUGACAGAUAAAAAUGUUCUUGAAAAAAAAAAUCAUAUUUGUGAUUCAUAUUUGCCAACAGUCAUCAUGCUGCUUCACACCUCUUAUAACACUCAUAGUUCACACCCAGAAAACUUCU